AUGUGUGCCUCCCAAACGUCAUAGUCUCGGUUCAACUACUAGUGCCUACUAGAAAGACCGACGCUUCCGAGUCGUUCUGAAGUUGUGGGAUGUCGACGCUGAAGAUGUCUUAUCUGGAAUCAAUAGAUAUUCCUCUCGUUUUGAUUAAGCGAAAACUCAGUCACAUUAAAGAAUUUCUCGAGAUUUCGCUUAGUAUUGCCAACGCACACACCGUCGAUUUCUACACUCAUCAUGUUUGGGAUGAGUUUAUCGCUGUGCCCCCCCAGAGUGUGUUAUCUGUUAUCAAUUCCAGUUGUGUACAGAGAAUGACGGCAGAUCGUAAGAGAAACACCAGUUGCACGAGGAGCUCAGUAGGAAGGGACAAGACGAGAUACGGGUUCUGUGACGAAUCUAAGAGACUGGUCGACGUAGCAGCACUCCUUGAUGCGGCGAAAGGCCAUGCGCUGGCCGGCUUGGAAGUCUGCGUGCCUCUAUCCCAGCUGCUGCGGACUAUACAAGGACAAGACGAGCUCCUCCCGGCUGAAGAAGAUGUGCCGCUGGAGCCUGAUGAGUUUAUGAACUCCAAGAAGUCGCAUGAGGUGCAGAUCCUGUCCAAGCUGGUAGCCAGUUUAGCCAAGCACUGCCGGGUCCAGCAGGUGAUAGACGUGGGCUCUGGCAAAGGCUACCUGUGCUCUUUCCUGUCGAUGCGGUAUGGCCUUAAAGUUUAUGGCAUAGACUCAUCCAGCUCCAACACCCAUGGAGCACAGGAGCGGAACAGAAAGCUGAAGAGGUUCUCCAAGGCAUACCGGAGGCAUGGCAGAGCCAGGCUGCAGGGAGGCGGAGCUGUGGGCAAGGGGAAGGAGGGCAAAGGGACACAGGGAGAGAGUGACAGUACCACCGGUAGUGGACUGCAGUCAGACAGAAAUGUGGAAGGGUUGGUGCCAGUACAUGAGGUGACUGUUGUGGAGGUACCCUUCGUGGAGGUGCCCACGGACUCACCUGCACCCUCUGAAGAUGAGGAGGCCCUGGCAAGCGCAUGGUCCAUGGAUCUGGGUGGCCCCGACCCAGAAAACCCAUUCAUUGGCAUCCUCUCACCUGAGCUGUCAGAGCAGCCCUGCCCUCGGGUUCCCCCAAGCGAGCUGAGUGCUGAGGAGAGAGAGAGGAGGAAGCGGGAGAACCUGGAGAGGAAGAGUGCCAGGGGUGGCAGCGAUGGUGCCCUGUACUCACCUCUGACCUCCUAUGUUACUGCGGAAACUGAGCUUCGUGACAUUAUCACAGAAUUGGAGGAUGCACUUGUGGUGGGCCUGCACACGUGCGGGGACCUGGCCUCCAGCACACUGCGCAUGUUUGUGUCCAGGCAGGAGCUGCGGGCUGUCUGCAGUGUGGGGUGCUGCUACCACCUUCUGUCGGAGGAGUUUGAUCAGCUGAGGCAGGGCAGCCACGCAGGUAACCACAGAGAACAUCGCCGUGGUCCAUGGGGGUUCCCCAUGAGCCAGUUUCUGAGAGACCAAGCUGGCUUCUGUGGACGAAAUGCCAGGAUGUCAGCAUGUCUGGCUCUGGAGAGAGUGGCAGCUGGUCAAGGGCUCCCAACGGAGUCCCUCUUUUACCGGGCUGUCCUCCAUGUGAUAUUACGGGACCAUUACAAAGCAAUUAAAAGCGAGAAGAGGGUGGGGAAUGUCUACUCCAAAGCCACCUCCUUUGUGGACUAUGUGCGGAGGGCCCUCAAGAAGCUGGACUUGGAUGAGGCAAAGCUUUCAGACAGCCUCAUCCAGGACUACCACGACAAGUACCGGCCACGGAUGCAGGAGAUGGAAGCCUUCAACAUGCUGAAGGUGUCCUUGGCUCCUUGCAUUGAGGGCUUGAUACUCUUGGAUCGUCUCUGCUAUCUGAAGGAACAGGAGAACACUGCCUUUUCUGCGCUAGUGCAGCUGUUUGAUCCUCUGAGGUCACCACGGUGCUACGGAAUCAUCAGCAUCAAGAAACAAAGGACCAUGUUAACUUUAAAGCAUCAAUUUUAGCAGGAGGGACCUUUUUUACGUUUUUUACGU